ACGGGUCAGUAGUACUCGGCGUUAUGGUAUAGGCCUAACAGUAAAUCGAGCAUUGCGUAAGCUGCUGCCCACAUCCGAGCUAACACUUCAAGAUGCUUUGCGGGAUAUUGGUUUUAAUUUUUUGUGGACUAUUUGCCUCUGCAGAUGGCUUGAAGUGUUUCGGGUGUUCCAAUAUGGCGGACACGGAGGAAGAGGCGCACAAAAGUUGUAUGAACUUAUUCGUGGAGCAUAACUGUUCACCUGGGUAUCAAUGUUAUUACGAGAGGACGGCCACUUAUGGGAAGAUCUUCGUGAGAAAAGGUUGCAAGAGUGAGACGGACUGUGUCAUCAACCCCGGCUACUGCUGCAAGACGGAGCUGUGUAACAGGGACAUGCCCUAUAAUGCAGCCCAGAGAUACUCUCCCUCAGUCACGUGUGACAAUGACGUCAUUACCAUCACCAUCAACCCAGCGCAAAUGGUAGGUUUGGAUUUGACCGGCAUUCGGGCGGGAUCGUCAACUGCUGUAAAACACUGCCAGUCAAGCCAGACGAAACAAGGCCUUAUCCAAUUGACGUUUGGAAUCACACAAUGUGAAACAGAACAAACGAUUGGACCGGACGAAGUGACGUACAAAGUCAGAAUCAAUUCCGGGUCAACCGAUUUGAAGUCCACGGGGAUCACGCGGAAGAAGAUCAUGGGACUAGAUGUGCACUGUAGCUACAAACGAAAGUCCGAGGACAUUGAUGCGCAGUUCAUCGGAGAUGUCACGACGGUCCGAUACACCAGCAACAGCACCGGGUCCUUCAAAUACUCCAUGGGUUUCUACGAAGAUUUGCUCUUCCGAUCUCCCAUACAUCCUGGUACCCACGUGACUGUUCGUCAACGGAUCUACAGUAAGAUCAAGAUGCAGGCGGACAACGACCUGUACAUGUACGUGAAGGACUGUUACGCCACUCGAACCCGAUCAGCCAUAGAAGUCAAACACUGGUUCAUAAGAGACGGGUGCGUUAAUGGGGACGACACCUUCAAGCAGCUGUUAGUGGAGCACGACCUCUACGAGUUUGAAUUCCAAGCGUUCAAGUUUCGCGGCGCAGUGAACACAGUGUUUGUCGUCUGCCGAGCCAUCGUCUGCUCAAUGGAUGAAGAUGAGGAGCCAUGUCGACCGCCUUCCAAAUCUGCUUGCCUACCUCCGCCUGUAACACCCAAGACUCGAGUAAAAAGAUCGGUGAGCAAUCACCCACGAUACAUGGUGUACCAUGGUCCCAUAACGUUUGGCGGAUCGGAAUCAGACGAGGACUCCUCAAACAACAGCAACAUGAUGUUGGUUGGUAUCGUUACUAUGGCUGUUGUUUGCACACUCCUCGUAACGGCCGCCAUGGUAUUUCUACUCUCCCGGAAGUGGAAGAAAUCCAGGAGUACAACGGAUGAGUCCACAAAGAAACCGGAAAUGUAACAUCUCGUGAUAGUUCUUAUAGACAUUUAAAGCCUCAUUUUAUAACAACUAAGUGAAAAGGGAACUAUCGCUUUUGAACACCAUGUAUUUCCCUGGGACUGCUGACGGAACGGAAAGAUCUGAAUGAAUGACCCUGGUUCAUAGUAUGUUUGCCAAAUGGUCGUCUUUUGAAAGCGAAAUAAAUUACUCACAAUUUAUGUUUGAGAGGAUAUACUGUGCACAAAGCCUAAGGCUACUCGUUUAUGGACGUAUAUAGUGUAAUGAAAUGUACCUUUGACUGGGUACCAAGUGUCAGU